UACAUAUUUCGUUGACAUCUGAAACAAAAAAAAAAAUAAGAAAAAAAGCCUACAUGCUUUGAGUCUUACAAAUGCACCUUAUUCAUGUCGGUCCAUGUGGGGGGGAAAAAAAAAAGAAACAAAAGAGGCUGGCAACGUAAUAUCUCUGAUUUAGCACCUUACUACACAGCAUGUUUUCACUUUAUGCCAGUUCAACUAUUCUUCCAUAUAUAUGAUUUCAGAAAUAAAUUUCAUAUUUUGUGAAAAUUGUUUCAUGGGAUGUGCCAAAGUUUGGAGGCGAUCUCCCAAGUGUUUAUGCUUAUCAUUUUCUUUUCCUCCUUCAGUUAUAGCAAUGGUAUGUUUCCUAUAACAGUGUGUGGAAUCAAUUUAUCUCAGCAAACAGUAUCAUUACUUGCCAUUUUACAAUAAGCCCUGUAUUUCACAUAUAUUUACCAGUGAUGUGUAUUUGUUAUUAUAAAGAAAAUAGCCGUAAAAGCUUCAUUAUGUUACAUAAUAUUGUGACUUUUUUCGAAAAACUGUGAAGACUUAUCUUGCAUAUACUUUAUACAGAAGUAUUAAGCCUUAAUACAAAAGACUAAAAAAAGUGUGGAAGAAUAAACUGAUUGUUGCUAAGUAAGGAUGAUUUUUGUAAAUGUUACCAGCACUUUUUUUGUAAUUUUCACUCUCUGAGGUAUUGUACAAGUUCAAGCUGUUUGUGAAGUUUGAUUAUGAAGGAAUAAAAACUAGUACUUUCCUGUACUUCACAGAAAGUCUUGUUGCUGUUUUAUUGUUCUGCUCUUCAUGAGGAUCCAUGUGAUGCAGAUGGUUCACAAAUCAAUACAACGAGGAUCCGACAAAUAAAUGGGACGACGGACAUCGCGAGAAGUUGAAUCGCUCCUGCCGCGCGCACGGUUCAGUUUGGUCAACUUUGUGUAGAUCGGACCACGCGCUCCAUCCGCUCCGCCUGCCAGUGCGCGCGUGCGGGCGCAGCAGCAGCAGCAGCAGAGAGGCGGCUGGAUGUGGCACGAGACGGGUCACUGAGCUGCAGCGACUUCCCACGAGCCACAACUCUCCAAUGUCACCCGACAGGAUGAUGAUCUUUGGACUUCUGCUCAACGUCUUCUCUCACGGUAGUGUUCCUGUAUCAGCGUCCUUUGAUUGUCUGGUGGCAGAGCAAGGCUGCAUCCAGGAGCAUUCCUGCAUGGUUCUCUAUCGACUGCUGGAGUACUGUGCUGCUGAGGAGGCGGUGUCACCCCUGGGCCCAGAUGCCCGUCUGGAGUGCCUGGAGGCCCAGAGCUCUUUGCAGCAGUACCGUCCCCUUCAGGUUUGCAAAUGUCAGCGUGGCUCUCGCAGGGAGGAACACUGUCUCAGGGUCUACUGGACUGUGAGAUUUGCAGCGUAUGACGAGUAUGACGUCUCCCCAUAUGAAGAACUGGAGUUAAACCUGGUGAGAAACAUCGAGAUGUCACGCAUGGCCUCCAUCAUGGCAGCGUCCACUCCUUCUGUUGAUGGGCAAAACCAGUGUCUGAAAGCAGCUCAGGACUGUGGUUUGUUUGAGAAAUGUGGCUCCCUGCGGUCCGAAUAUGUCGUUGCCUGCACCAAGAGAGCCGCCGUCUCUGAGAACAACUGUAACCGCCAGAAGUGUCACAAAGCCCUGCGGCGUUUCUUAGAGCGUGUGCCAGAGGAGUAUAGCUUCGCUCUCCUCUUCUGUCCCUGCUCUGACACACUGUGUGGAGAACGCCGGAGGAAAACCAUCGUCCCGUCAUGUUCCUAUGAGGAGAAUGUAAAAGGGGAGGAAAGAGUGGGCAAGCCAAACUGCCUCAGUCUGCAGAACUACUGCUCCAGAGAUGAGCUGUGUAGAUCACGGUUUGCUGAUUUCCAACACAACUGCCAGUCUGCCCCUUUGUCUGCCUCUGGCUGUAAGCGAGAGAGCCGAGCCAUGUGCUUAAAGGCCUAUGCUGGUCUCAUAGGGACCAUCAUGACUCCCAACUAUGUGAGCAACAGCAGCACCGAAGUGUCCCAGUGGUGCACGUGUGACGGCAGCGGCAACGAGUGGCAGGGCUGCCAGCGCAUCCUGCACAUGUUCAGCAACAACAUAUGUCUGCGCAAUGCUAUCAGCUCGAUGGGAAUCUCUGCGCCUCCUGCGGUGGAAAACACGCCCGUGCCAGCUUCUCAGACCCCCCCACGUAUUUACCAGGAAAGAGUCCAUGUCGGUGUUAACACUCUCCCAGAAUUCACCAGUAUGGAGGACAGUGAGGGAGAAGAGCAGGAGCAGCAGGAGGAGGAGGAAAGCCAGGAAUUCAAUGUCAUCCCGCCUUAUUCUGAGAAGGACUCUAAUAUUGAGUCGAGGGCCAGAGGGAGUCAGCGGGGGGCAUCUAGUCGAGCAGCACCUGUGUUACCAUUACUCUUUCUGCCCACACUUCUCCUGGACUGGAAGUGGUGGGGCUACUGAAGCCUCCAUCUUAUCCUUUGCUCAUAUUUUCAACUUCCAAAUCCAUCACAGCACUCAGAGUGAAUGGCAGUGGACAUUUGUGAGGAAGAAAUGGAAAUGUCCCUAAUUUAUGUCUCCCUUUCUCUGAAACAAAGCCUUGACUGUGUUUUUCAAAUUUAGUUUGUCUUCUCACCGCCUCCACAGGUGUUACGUACCAGUCAUACGUGCUGUGUCCUUGCACGAGUGCUCUUCUAUGAAAGGACGGGAACAAUGCUAGCAGACAUAUGUGAGUGCAUGGGUCAAUUGGGAAGUGCUGUCUGGGCAAAAUACUCCAUCUAGAGCAUGCUUCACACUCAAAGUGCAUCCUUUUUUAACAAGAAGCACAUCGCCCAAGGCCACAUCCACUAUAUGUGCUCCCAAAACCCAUAACCAGUCUACUCCUCUGCAAGCAAACCUGAGCAUGGCCUUUGAUUUCUAUUUCCUGACUCGUGUCCCAUCCAUUUCUAUGUUGCCCCUUCAGCUCUAUCCUUCCCUCCUCCUUACUGUGCUUGAGGAAGUUAAAUCCACUUAACAAAGAGCUAAUAAGAAACUACACUGCACUUAAAGUGCUUUGUAGAAGUGUUUAAAGUUUAUAAAUUUGGAAGCUCAGCUUCCUCAGAAAUGUUGUCAAAUGUGUACUGUGUUGUAUUUACAUUUCAAUACUAAACGUGUCACUAGUUUGUUCGGAAUCAGCCGUUUAUCACAGACGACGGAUCGUCUUCUGUGAUUUUUUGUAUUCCCGUAGUAGCCGCCGCAUUAAAACCACUUUGACUGCGAUGAGCUUAUCAGUGAUUGGACAAAU